GAGGAAAUAAUAACAAAUAGAAAAAAGCAAGAAAGAAUUGGGAGGAGAUCAGUAAAAGUAAAAAAGAAAAGAUUAAAAUAGAAGAGAAAAGGAAAUGAAACGAAAUAAAAUAAAAGUGAAAAGUAGGUUCCAUUAACAUGUGACAGCCAAAUAAGCUUCUUACACCUGACAGUAAUUAUAUCCCGCACAUAAUAAAUUUUUUCACUUAAUACCAAUCACACUACUCAUACUAAGACUAUUCCUCCUCCUACUUGCUACCAAACAAGGCCUUUUCUUUUAUUAUUUUUGAUCUUUUCCAUUUUGAGUCCUUUUCCUUUCUUGACGUUACUUACUAAUAUCUUCCAGCCGAAACAUAAACUAUUAGCCCUUUUUGGAUAACUCAUUUUCUAUUUUCGUUCUUCAAUUUUCUUGUGAUCUCAAAAAUCUUUGAUGGGGAGAUUGUUUGUGUCGACUCUUGAAGGCAACAUCUACAGCUGCAAGCACUGUGGAACUCAUCUUGCCCUUUCUGAAAACAUUGUUUCCAAGUCUUUCCAGUGCAAACAUGGGAAGGCUUAUAUCUUCAGGAUGGUGGUGAAUGUCACUUCUGGUGAGAUAGAAAAUAGAAUGAUGAUGACUGGUAUGCACACUGUGGCAGACAUUUUCUGUGUGUGUUGUGGGUCAAGUGCUGGAUGGAAAUAUGAGACCGCCCAUGAGAUGAGCCAAAAGUACAAAGAAGGAAAAUUAGUGCUUGAGCGGUUUAAGAUUUGUGGCCCUGAUGGAAGCCAUUACUCGGCUAGUCAUGAUAUUCAUGUUGUAGGAAGUGAUGUUGAUGACGUUUGA